GAGCUUAAAAGAUUAUAUCUUUAAAUUAACUUUAAUUUUUGUGAAAUCUAUACACGAAAGGCAAAGACAGCAAUAAGAAAUAAUAAUAAUAAGAGCAGUAAUGUUAUAUCUUGUGAGAAAAUAGGAUAAAUGGAGUUCAAAAGAUUAUACCUGUUAUUGAAUUUAUUAUCUGAAAUACGCCCAUUUGUAUGGACAAUUAUUUUUGAAUAAUAAGAUUCAGUCGUCCAGAGUUUAAAGUGAGUUUCCUUAUAAGUUUGUGACAUAAUGGUUAAAAAUCAUGCACAACAAAAAAAAAAAAAAAAAAAAAAAAAAAAAAAAAAAAGAGAAAGAAAAAAGAAAAGAAAAAUCGUAACCCGCGCUUUCGCAUUUUCGUAUUGUAAACGCAACUUAAACAAAUCCACCACGUGCCUUUCUCGUCGUCGUCUCGACGACGGUUCGUUUUCUCUGUCUCUUUACGAUUGAUCCUCGCUCCUCUUUCGCUUUUUUUUCCUACGUAUAUACGUGCUACACCCCCCCCCCCACACACACACAUACACACGUACACAUCCACACGUACGGCCAUGAUACCCGCGAGUUUUUCGUUUCACCCGCUUCGCGUUUCUGCAACCAUCGCUGGAACAGGUGUCAGCGUUCGUGAGAUUCGAGCAUUCGACCCGAUGGUGUUCUGUCACUGAACUAGUGGAAUCGACGUUCGUCGUCGUGGAGACGCACAGCACAUCGAGAGAAUCGUUUCCCGAGAUAUUCACCGAGAUAACACUUUGUGGAAAUGUCCGCACAAUGCGCUCCUCCGAGACGUUUGCUGUUCAUUCCUCCGGGCGCAGGGAAGUUUGACUUCGAGCCGACGAGGUCGAAGCUUCUCCGAAUUCUCACCGUGAAGGUGCGAUCGUACGGGCCAACGUUGCUCGGACAGCUUUCUAAUUUCUUCAGAGGCAGCCGAGUGUCGAGGUGCUCGCGGCACGUUGCCUUUUGGUUGUCUUAAGAAGGGAAUUGCCCGAUUCGGACGGAACGUGAAACUUGGAGGGGAAGAUUACUCGAGAAGAAAAUUCAAUCAGCGUGAUAUAUUCGAGGAACCGUGUGGACCACCGUUUGUGAAGAAGGAGGGAAGCCCUCGUGCACAAAAAGAAGAAGAAACGAAGGAAAAAAGAAAAAAAAAAAAAGAAACAAAGAAAUCUUGGAUCGCUAACGACAACGCGACGUUUCCCAGAUUCCUGGUACCCUGUUCUGAAAUUCGCGGGAACGUCGUUUUCGUGCGGCGCGUAGUAUAUCAACUAUAAAUAGCUGUUUUCUCGCGUGGAUCGUACGUCUUCAGCUGCGGCGGCAGACAUCGGAACACAGUGGUAUUACAUACGUAUAUACAGCGGUGCCUCGUGUCACGCACGCCGAGACAACGUUUCAGGCGUUGUGCCCUUGGAUCAACCGGGAGGAUGAACCAUAUGUAACAUGCUACAGCCUGUUCUUUAGUUACAUCUAGAUAGACGAGUAUUGGGUCCAAAAAGGAAGUCAAACGAAGACAUCCAGCCUUCUUGUUCGGCGAACAACACGUACCGACUCUGUCCACGCAGCUUCGUAUGCGAAUUUUGUACAACAAGAACACCAAGAAACAACGAUACUACUCGCGGAACAAGUAAUUAACGUUACAAAGAGAAAGAGAGAGAGAGAGAGAGAGAGAGAGAGAAAGAGAGAGAGAGGUGUUCCUUGCAGUAAAAAGCACACGUGUUACUGAAAAGCGGAACUUACUUGGUGCCGAUUUACUUUUCUUCGUUCACAAUCCUCCCUCGUCUUUUGUAUUUGGGAAAAAGUUUAGAAACGGGAGAGAGAGAGAGAGAAGAAAAAAGGAACGUCAAUUUGUCGUCCGAGCAGCAACGAAUAUUCUUCUUCGGUUGUUUCCCCUCCCUCUCUUCUCCAGUCGUUCCUUAGGAAGAACAAAACAGGGUUUACACGCUACUGGGAACGAAUCGUGACGAAUCGUCGCCGAUAUUAGCUGGUGCUUCUCUUUGCCCUCGACGAUCAUUAUGCUCAACUCGUGCUGUGCUUUUUUCUACCGUGCUUGUACGCAUGCUGCGAGUGUUUUUUCAGUGCUGUAGUGUUACACGUUAAUUAUUGAAGCAAGGCUUAACGAGCCUUCGAUCGAACGCCAAACGUCUGGUCGGCCCAGGUACCUGGGAAUAUUCCUGCGAUGCCUGUUAGACGAGGUCACGUGGCGCCCAGGACAACGAUCAUCGAAACUAUCAUAAGAAAGUUCGAUACUCACGAUCGAAGUUUUUUAGUGGCCAACGCUCAACAGGGGCUAUGUCACAUAAUAUACUGCUCGGACGGUUUCUGCCGGCUGACGGGGUUCUCGAGGGCGGAAGUGAUGCAGAGGCCGGCGAUCUGCGAGUUCCUUCAUGGGCCAAUGACGUCGCCCCAUGCGGUCGCAGCCCUCCGCGACGCCCUCGCCGCCGGCGUCGAAAAGCAUUUCGAGAUCCUUUACUACAGAAAAGACGGUGAGUCACUUUGUUCAUCAAUUUGUUAA